GAACAUAAAUAAAGACGAUGAAAUUUAAGUAAUAUCCAUAAACAGGCUGAUACGGAUAUUAGUUUUUACUAACAAUGUUUUCGAAAGGGUUUCCUUCUCCCUGGUUAAUAUUUUGACAGAUCUAUUUGUAAGAGUCACCGAUCCUCUCAAACCUUAGGACAGACACUAUUUGAUAUCUGUUGAUAAUAUUGUUAUAUUUCCCAUUGUGUAGAUUUAUAAACAAGGAAAUAUAACUCUUAAACAAAUUAUCGUAUUUUUAGCCCAGUGUUUUAGAUAUGAUAUUACCUAUAACAUUUUAUAAGUUCCAGUACUUUGGUUUUUGUUAAUCAAAAAAAAGAAACCCAACAAUUAAGACGCAAUUUAUUAACAAAGAAACAGUAUGAAGACGUCAGAACCUACUCUUUAGUACACGAAAUUUAAGUUAUGUGCUGUCUUGUCGCGGACAAUUUACUUGUAUAUUUUAUAAACGUGAAAAUUGCAGUAUGUUAUGAUUUCACAACAAGAGAUGCCGCUAUUAAGAGUUUAGAGGAUAAUGGUUAUGCCGUGAUACCAAAUGUAUUAAGUUUACAAGAAUGUGACACGUAUAUAAAAGAAUAUAAAGAUUGGGCUAAGCAGGUAGAAGAUACUGGUAUACCAUUUACAAGCUUUGAAUCACUCAUUCAAGGAUACAGUAUUGGGCACUUUAAUGCUAGCUGGAGGGCGCGGCUUAAGGUGAAGGAAGUGUUUUCCCAGAUUUGGAAGACAGAAAAGUUAUUGUCAAGUAUAGAUGCUGUGGCUUUGUCAUAUCCCCCUGAAGAAGGAAACAAGUUGUAUGCAAAACCAAAUCAAGACUGGCUACACAUUGACCAAGGCGGACACAGAAUAGGCCUACACGCUUUUCAAGGAGCUGUUUAUCUCGAAGAAGCUUGUGAAACUGACCACUGUUUUCGUGUAUUGGCAAAAUCACAUAAAGAACAUGAAAAUUUCAUGAAAAAAUUUCCUCAUGUAGCUCCUGAAACUAGGGAUAUCGAGUUUUAUAAAUUAGACGAAAAAGAAACAAAAUGGUACAUUGAGGAACGAGGAUGUAAAUUAACAAAGGUUCCUGCGCCUAAAGGUGGAAUAAUCUUGUGGGAUUCUAGGACAGUACAUGAUAAUUCUCGACCAGAGUUUGGACGUCCUAAUCAAGACCGGUGGCGACAUAUCGUGUUUGUUUGUAUGACUCCAGCUGCAUGGGCAACGCCAGGGGACUUAGCUAAGAAGCAUGAAUCUUAUAAGAAUUUAUUAAUGACGUCACAUUGGCCAUCCGUUGGUGUAGGACUAUUCCCCUGUUCACCAUCACAGAAGACGCCUACAAUAACAGAGCUACCAGAAAUAGCAAAGACAAAGGAGGCAAAAAUGUUAAUGGGAAUAGAGCCAUAUGAUUUUGAAGACGGUACCCCAAACGGUCCGCCUAAUCCUGAAAUAAAACUGUAAAUUGAUGUUACAUGUGUAUAUGUUUUUUUUUAAAUGUAUAUCGUAAUGUGUUAAUCGAGCUGUGUUACUGUGGAUGGAACAUCUUUAGAGAUUUAUCGAUAUACAAUGUAAUAUUACGGAAAAAUUAUUUGAUUUCGUGGAAACGACGAACAUUACUCUGAUUGAAGAUGCAAAGUUUAUAGCAGAGACGUUUAUAUCAGUGGUUAAUAUUUGUCUACAGAUGAGAACUGUUUUGGAUAUUAUAAUACUUAGUGUAAGGUUAUGUGUAAUACAUACACAUCUUGAUGUGCUCAAACAUUGUAUAUGUAAUUAUUCUUCUCAAACACUAGAAGAUUUUACCACAUAAAUUAUUGAAACGUGU